AGGACCACACACUCAGGACAAAUGUGUGUGGAUGCCUGCCAAAGACAGGAACUUCGCAAAUGGAAUUUUGUAUUUAUAGACCAGAGUAGUCUGCAGGUUGAAUAUAAACCAUCAAAAAUAUGGAAUGAACUAUAUUCGUUGUACAGUGCAACGGAAAAGCAGCAUGUCGCCAUUUCUCUCCCUGCUAUAGCUGUAAAGAGAAAAGCUAUACUUAAAAGGAAUUAGUCUGAUGUGUAAUCCUAGCUCACAGAUGGAUCAGAUCCGCAGGAAUCUACAAUCACCCCACCCGAGAGAUGAUGCUUAGUUGGGUUGCUGAAGCAGGAGUCGCAGGGUUUGCUGGGAGAAAACAAUAACCGGACUGAUGAUGAUACAAGACGAGAGCCGAAGGAGGAAGACAACUGGAUAAAGCAGAGGUGGCGGUCCUGAUGCAUGCAGGGAAGCUGGCUACAGAAUGGUAGAUCCAGCUGAUCCAGAAGACGAUGAUGAUAAGAAGAAGAAGAAACAGGCCCUUAUGUGUGAGGGUGCUACUGCAGGGACCUCUACCUCAUCCCAAAACGGCAUGGAUGCAAAUGUAGAGACUAUGGAGGACAGGCAGAGUGAGCAGUCUCCCCUUUUACACCUUGACUUGUCUAACUUUGACUCCCCAGAGGCAGAAGGCAGUCGUUAUGUCCUUACCAGCCCAAGGUCUCUAGAGGCAUGUGUCAGGUGUGGGGUGCGUCCUGUUGAGCUUCUUCCCAGAAGUAUUAAUGAUUUUGUUAAGCAAGCCCCAGGCAAGUCCAUGAGAGUGGCCACUGGUCUGUUUGAGGUGUAUGAAGCAGAGAGGCAGAGGAAGCUGCAGGAAUGCAGGGAUGAACGGGGAAAGAUCAUUAAAGAAGAGAAAAGGAGGAUAUUCACACACUUUAUGAGCAGCGUACCUUCAUCCCCUGCAGCAAAGGUAGAAACCAAAACAAAUGGGAAAGUAACAGCACCGCCAGCAGUACGACCCAAGAGCCAUUCAUGGGACUCUCUCCAGAGAAAAAAGGAUGCCAGUGGCACUAGGUCAUCUUCUGAAUCAGGCACUUCCUCCUUUAGCUCUGACAGCCUUAGAGAUAAAGAUAGGGAGAAAUGGGUAAAAGCAGGUGCCAAGACAAAAGCAUUGUUCACUGUGAACUCCUUUGCUGGGAGAAGCCUCAGUCUUAGUGACUUGAGUCACUCUCCACAGACCACACAGAAAGUGGAAAAGAUAGUUAAGGAAGUCAAGAAGAAAUGCAUGAAGGAAGUGCCUGAAAGAGACAAGAAGAUAGCUGCUCUCAUGUUGGCAAAACAUCAAGAAGAGAAUAUCUUAAGUGAGCAGAGGUAUGUGGCACACAUGCAGUGGGACAUUGAGAAAAAACUGGAAGAAACGAGAAGAGAAAGAGAAGAAAAAGAGAAACAGAAGGCACUACAGCAAUGUCAGAAGAUGUGGGAGUCAAAGGUUGGGAGAAGACACCAGAAACAAUACAAGGAGGAAACUGAAUCAGUUUCUAAGAAGCAGAAACAGUUUGUUGAACAUGAAGAUAAAUGGCAUAAACAGGCUGAUAGACAAGAAAAGAUGAAGAAAGAAAAAAUUAAACAGACAAAAGAGGAAGAGCAACUGAAAAAGCUACAGCAAGAGCAUAGCCUGAAGGCCAAAGAAGAAAGUAAAAAACUUUUAGAUCAAAGCAUACAAACUGUACAGGAAAAGUUGUCUGUAGCAGAGCAGAAGCGACUGGACAGAGAGCUGCAACUGCAUGAAGCCAAGAAAGCAGUGAACAGAGCUGAGAAGCUGAAGCAUGAAAUGCUGCUGAAGGAGAUCACCAAAGAGGCAACUGUCGAGAAACAGAUGCUUCGUAAAACACUUGAAGAAAACCUUCAGAAGGCUCAGGAAAAUUACAAUCAGCUACUUGAAAAGAGGAAUCGUGAACUGAGGGAGAGGGCUAAGAAGGAAGAGCUGCAGCUCCAGAAAGCAAGGAUGGAGGCUGAAAAGAGGGAAAAGGAACACAGAGAGCAUCUGGAAGCACUGGCUAAAGCUGCAGAAAGAAAACUUCAGCAUGCCCAACUUGUUGCGGAGGAAAUGCUCCAACAGAAAGCUCGCAAGGCAGUACAGAGCCGCAUGGAAAAGGAAAAGGUCCAGAAACUCAACAGACAGAAGGUUCAGCAGGAAGAGGAUGUAAGACGUAAGGAGCUCUUGAUGUCCAUAGAAAAGAAGCUGGAGAAAAGUGAACAGAUUUUCAGGGAGAAGAAAGCAGUGCUGGAGGGUGCCAGGUCCGUAGCUAGAGCUUCCUUUCAUGUUCGUGAAAAGGUCAGGGUGGAGACAAAUGUGCGGACUUUUGACAAGAUGGCUUUAGAAGCAGAGCUCCAUGCCAACAUGGAUAAAGCUUAGAAUUUUGCAAAUUUUUAGCAGGAAAUACAGCAAUGUAACAAGUCCUCUGUCCAUUGAUGCCUUUUGUAUAGAAAUACACAUGAACUGUUUUAAGGGAAAAAAGAAACUUCCCAAACAGCACAAAAACAAUAUAAUCAAUGGCAGCUAUAUGGGUAAACACAUUCAAUUUACCCUUUCAUUUUUUUUCAGUGUUUUGUUCUUUCAUUUCUGAAGCCCUAUAUUUAUACCAUAGGAUGAGGUUAAAUGACCUGGAAACUUCUAUAAAUUUGUCUUGGUGGGAAUGUUCAUCUAUAAGGUACAACAUACAUCAAUUCCUUUUGAAUGAUUAAAACAAUAAAUUCUAAUUAAUGCAUAAAGCUUUUCCUUUAGUAUUACACUGUCACCAUGUUUUUCAUAUGCAACGAAGACUAACUAUGAAACGGUCUGAAUUAUGAUGCUUAAUUUUAAAUAAUGGUAUUUCUUGAAAGAAAACUCAUUGCACUGUACUUCUUGUUUAGUUUCUAGGAUAAUGACUGGUUUGGGAAACAUUUUGUUUUAUGAAAUUUACAUUAUUUUUGUUAGAAUGAGGUUGAGAACAGUGUCCAGAGAAUGAAAGAUGUCAAAAUUCUAUCUUUAAAACUUCAUGACUCAUUAGAUAAGUAUAUUUUGUUUCCUUUUUAAAAAUAAUAUAUUGUGCACAAAAGAGUACAGAGACUGAUACAUAUGUAUUGCAUGUAUAUUAUCAGAUGAAUAAUACACAAGUGGUAAUUUG